AUCUCCGGAACCAACAACAUUUGGAUAGUGAAACCAGCGGGAAAGAGCCGCGGCCGCGGCAUUCGACUGUUCAACGACCCCGACGCGCUGCUGUCGUACGUUCGCGGUGAGGAGGCGCAGGGCCUCGAGUCACGCUGGAUCGCGCAGAAGUACGUCGAACGGCCGCUCGUAAUCUCGCGUCGAAAGUUCGACAUUCGCCAGUGGGUCCUCGUCACGGACUGGAACCCGCUCCAGGCCUGGUUUUACUCUACCUGCUACCUCCGCUUCGCCGCGGACGACUACGACCCCAGCACCUUGGACAUCUUCCAGCACCUCACCAACAACAGCGUGUCCAAGUACUUCGAGGGGCCGGUGAAGGCGGAUGAAAUCACGGCUGCCGGCAACAUGUGGUCCAUUCCGCGGUUUCAGCAGUGGUUGGCGGAGGUGUACGGCAGGGACGACAUUUGGGAUGUCCUGCUACAACCCGCCAUGCGGCACAUCGCGAUAUGCACUCUGAAGAGCGGGCAGGACCAUAUCGCUCCACGAAAGGGCUCCUGCCAGUUGUACGGCUAUGACUUUUUGAUUGACGAUCAACUGCGGGUUUGGUUGCUGGAGGUGAACAGCUCACCCACUCUGGAGCCCUCAACCGCCAUCACGGCACAGCUGUGUGCAGACGUGCAGGUAGGGUGUGUGUGUGUCUGUGUGUGUAUAUAUGUACGUAUGUAUGUAGGGUGUGAGGUGGAUAUAUUGGAUUUUGAGGGGCGCGGGGGUAUGUGUGUUGCAUGA